UUAAGACAUACGUGCCGGCAGAUGGCGCAAGGUCGAACUACCACACGAAAUGUAACUCCUGCAGUCAAUUUCUCAAGCCCAAACAGUCUGUGGUCACGUCUUACGGAGCUAAACAUGUGCAAGCGAGGAUACGCUGUCAUAAAGUGAACUACUGUAACGUUAGGGUAGCUUUUGGAAGUACACGCUUUGGGGCAGCCUGAAAACAUUUGAUAUGUUUCGGGACGAGUCAGUGCAAAGUCACAUAGACGCAUGCGAGAUCGUUUACUUAGACGCAAAGGAAGACUUAUCGACAGAUGUCACGCGCACUCUGACACUUGUAAUUGGAAAACUGAAAGCAUGCACAAGCAACAGCGGAAAGCGGGCCAAAGAGCGCUGCCUCGACGAGGCUUCGCAGCUGCUGAAAGGGGUCCAAACGAAACCGCUUCAGGCGCUGGAGAUCAAACGCAUCGUCCCCUUCGUGCGACUUCUCAUCGCUAUGCAACUGGACAUGUUACACAUCUCUACAGCCUGCCGGAAACUGGACCAGAUGUUGCAACAGCUGUCAGAAGUCAAUCAUUCUCUUGUUCACGAAGAGACGAAAGUGUGUGUGAUGACCCUGAUUGAUACAGAGCAGAUAUUGUCAGUCAAGGACCUCCAAACAGUAUGCAUGUUCUUGGAAGACAGCUCCGCGGGCCGCGAGGUGUGCAGGCAGGCGUGCUCGUCGCUACUCGGCAGACUGGCUGACGUGUUUGCCGUGGCGCUGGAGCAGGAGGCGUCCAGAAACGGAGAAUGGUGUUACCUAGCGGUCAAGGUAUGUCUGCAGGUGUUCCAGCUGUUGCACAGGGAGGUGGCCCCCAUGGUGUGGGAGAAGAAGUCUGAGCACUUGGCUGUGCAGAACAUCCUAAAGCACUUGAUGUCCAUCAUCCUAGGAGAGGCCUGGCACCGGGAUACUCGCCUCCUGUCAGGGACAGCGGUCUCCAUGCUGAUCAACACGGCUCCCCCGGGCGGGAGGGAGGGGGGCCUGGCGGCGUGGAGUCUGCUGCAGGUCUCUAGUGCAGAGCCCUGGCUGCUGUGUGUGGGGCGUCUGGGGGUUGACUGCGCGCCCAGGGGGUGUGAUGGUGUGGACAGGCUGGCUGUGACCAGGGGCCUUCUCACCUGCUGCAGAAAGCACAUCCUCACCAGCCCCCUGGACAACAGCCGGACCUGCCUGAUCCUGGACGGGCUGUUUCCUGUGGUCUCGGCUCUGUUUGAGGAAAACCUCGACUGCCACUACUAUGUGUUCCAAGUGUUGACCCUGUGGCUGAAGAGCCUGAAGGACUGUCUGGAGGAGGUGUGGGAGGUCUGUGGCUCCCCGCUGCUGCGGGAGGAGUCCGGCCUGCCGCGGGAGGAGUCCGGCCUGCUGCAGAAGCUCACUCAGGUCAUCUGGAACAGCGCGGAGAGCCCUCUGGAGGGCGUGUCGGAGUUUGUGCAGAGCUCUUUCCGCUUGCUGCUGGAGAUUUACGAGCUGGACCGCCAGCGCCUCGGAGACACGGAGAAGCCUCUUUACCUCGCCUUACUGCGGCGCGUCUCUUCCCUGCCCUGGGAGGCUAAAGCCAAAUACUUCCCCCUGUCUGCGCUCCUCCCGUACGCCGGCACAAACACGGUACUACAGCAGUUUCCUGAGCUUCCGGGUCAUCUCCUGAAGUGCCUCUCCACCAAUCACCUGUCGCCGUGCGCCUCGGACGUCUACAAGGCCCUCCUCCAGCAGCAGCGGCGGGAGCUGUGUGGGGGCGUCGGCCACGGUCCCCCGCCCCCGGAGGCGGAGCUCGCCGCGGCCUGGGCGCGGCGCUGGCGCCCCAUGGUUCUGGAGGCCCUGACCUCAGACGUGACCCUCCUGCAGAACAGCGCGUCCAGCUGCCUCCUGCCCCAGACCCUGCGCACGUUCCCGGGGGCCUUCCGGGCCCUGCUGGCCCCGCUGGAGCCCGGCAGGCCGGGGCACCUCCGCGCCUGGACCUGCGUGAUGAGCGCCCGCCGGGCGGCGAGUGGCGCCUGGCCCCUGGAGGGCCCCCGGGCCGCGGACACCCUGCGUCUGGCCCUGGGCUCCCUGGACGACGGGGUUCGGCUGGCCGCCCUCAACCUCCUGUGCUGCAGCCCCAAGACCAGCCAGCCCCCGACGCCGGCCGAGCUCUCCGCCAUGAGGGCCUUCCUGCCCCUCAACCUCAACAGCGAGUCGGCCCCCUUCCGCCAGCACCUCCAGGCGGGGGUGCGGAGGUUCCUGGUCCGGAUUCGGGACAGCUGCCUGGCGCGUCUCAAGGCCAGGAAGGGGCGGGGCGGGGGCGGGGGCGGAGCCAGCCCGGGGAGGGAGGAGGAUUCAGGAUUGGAAGAAGGAGUCGGUUUUGUGGACUGGCUGGCCCAGCUGCCCUUGGCCUGCCUGGCUCCUGGUCACAGUUUCCAGAGGAAGAAGACGGUUCUCCUCCUCCUGUCGGUGGUUCUGGAGACGUGCACGGACACCUGGAGCCCCGACAAGAAGAAGGGCCAGCCGCCAGCGAACAUGGCGGAUUUGAUCAGCUUUGCGAGACAGAGAGGACAGUGGGACUUCUUCUCCAGGCCGCGGCUCCUGGUCCUCGUCGGCUGUUUAGAAGACUCCACGAAUGAGGUGCGUGAGCUGGCUGCCGGGCUGCUGCUGCGGUUCUUCCCCCCGGCCGUGCCCCCGGACCUCGGCGCCGCCCUGCUGGAGAGGGCCACACGGCUCCUGCGUAGCCCCCGCGUCACGGACGCCCAGACGGGGGCGCUGUCGCUCCGCACGCUGCUGCUGAUGUCUGGAGACGCCUCUGUGUUCCUGAAGCGAGAUGAAGCUGUGGUCUGCGCAGACCUGCAGGGGGGGUUCAGGGAGGCUGUGGUCUGCGCAGACCUGCAGGGGGGGAGUGGGGAGGCUGUGGUCUGCGCAGACCUGCAGGGGGGGUGCAGGGAGGCUGUGGUCUGCGCAGACCUGCAGGGGGGGAGUGGGGAGGCUGUGGUCUGCGCAGACCUGCAGGGGGGGUGCAGGGAGGCUGUGGUCUGCGCAGACCUGCAGGGGGGGAGCGGGCAGGCUGUGGUCUGCGCAGACCUGCAGGGGGGGAGCGGGGAGGCUGUGCUCAGGCUCCUGCUUCAGGAGUUGGAGCAGCACUAUCUGACCGCCAGCAGGGACAUGCUCCUGGCCGCCAAGACCAGGCCCAUACACGGGGUUCUGACCGCACUGCAGAAGUGUCUACUGGACAGUUCUGACUGCCUGGGUUCAGUGCAGAAGGUGGUACUCACCCUGCCUGUAGCGGACGCCAUUUUGGAUCUGCUGGAGAGGACCAGUUGCCUCCUGUUGGGGGUUCUGUAUGGAGACGCAGCUGCGUGUGCAGAUGAGAAAGAGGCGCCCCCGUCUUUCUGUGACAUGGGGAACGCCAUUCGCUCCGUGAUCACCCAGGGUGGGGGCCCGGGUGUGGGGGAGGACGAGGGGGAGGACGAGGACGAGGACUGUGUGCUGCUGUCCGAGGAGCACAGCCUGGUGCUCACCAGCUGCUGGGUCUCUCUCAAGGAAAUAGGAAUUUUCUUGGGCAGUUUCGUGGAGAAGGCCAUGGCAACACCCGGUUUCAUAGAGUCUCCCCUGAGCACAGAAUACCUGAAGAGGGCAUCAACGGUGUUCAGGGAUAUCCUCCUCAAGUGUCGUCACUGGGGGGCGGUGGAGGGAUGCUGUGUCGGCUUCACCAAGUUCUGCGCUGCUCUUUUGAGGGACAGCGAUCCUGAGCUGCAGGAGAUCCCUGCUCGCAUGCUGAAGCAGGGCCUGUCGGUGCUGCGGUCUCCCCGCGGGGCCUCGGUCACCCGGCGGGCGGCGGGGCUGCCCGUGCUGAUCCUCUGCGUGGUGGCGGCGGAGGAAUCCCACAAGUCCCGGCCCCUCCUGGCGCUCAGCGUGACGACCCUGCUGGAGACCGCCAGCGCCCCCGUGCCGCAGAGCUGGGACCAGACCGUGGACCUGCCCCAGGUGUGUGCGGUCCACACGCUGCAGGCGCUGGUGCGGGGGUCGGCGCUGGGCGUGGCCGUGCUGCAGUACGCCGCCUCCGUGACCGUCCUGUCCCUCCGGCUCCUCAGCUCCCCCUGCUGGGCCAUGAGGAAUGCCGCGCUCCAGCUGUACAGCACCCUGUGCUCCCGGAUGCUGGGCCAGCGCCCUGGAGGGGGCGAGGGGGGGCCGCAGCACGGGAUGUCCCCCCAGGCCUUCUUCGCCCACUACCCCGCCCUGCUGCCCUUCCUCCUGGGGGAGCUCCGGCAGGCGGCCGGGGAGCCAGGGGCUGGUCCGGAGGGGGCCAGGCUACGCCUGCACCCCGCCCUGUUCCCCGUCCUCACCCUCCUGGGCAAGCUCCAGCCCGGGGUCCAGGACCAGGCACGGUCUCUGUCAGCGUUCUUGGCGCCCCUGCUGCAGCUGGCCGCCAGCUCGAUCCUCAACGUGAGGAAGAUGGCCGCCAGGGCCCUGGUCGUCAUGACUCCUCCCGCCGAAUACGCGGGCGCUCUGCUGCAGCUGGUGAAGGGCCUGCCUGAGCCAGGGGCCCCCUGCAGUCACAACCUCCUGCACGGGCAGCUGGAGCAGAUACGCGCCCUGCUGGGCAGGGCCUUGAGCACGGACGGUGCACCCCUGGACUCUGGCCUUUCUGAACUGGUCGCCUGUUUUGAGUCCAAGCUGUGGCUUGUGACAUCAUCCCAGAGGUGCCCACUGAUUCGCUCGUCCUACCUGAGUGCGUGCGCCCUAUUGGCCAGGUUCUGUUCCGCCAGCUUCCUGGACCAACUGCAAGCCGUGCUCCUGUCAGAACUACAAAGCCCAUCUUCCCUCCAGCUCCAGGUUGGCUCCGCCUCGUUCCUCCAGAGCGCGGCUGGGUUCCUGUGCGAGGAGGCGGUGCGGACGGGCCACCCGUGGAGGGCGGCUCGGGCGUGGCGGGACCUCCCGGCGGAGGGCGCCGACGUGCGCCUCUCAUUGGUCAGGUGGGCGGCCGAGGGGCGGAGCCGGCGCAGCGCCGGUCUGCAGGAGGCGAUGGAGAAAGCGCUGAGGGAGAACCUGAAGGCCGCUCUCCAGGACAGCAGUGUUGAGUACCGGCGGCUCUACUUGGCGGCGUUGGUGGAGGUGCUGUCGCCGGGCGACCCCGGCCCCCCCCGGGAGCCCCCCCCCCCGGCGCUGCAGGGGGACCUGGGGGAGUGUGCGGAGCUGCUGCUGGGGGUCCUGGAGCGCAGAGAGGGGGGCCCCGAGCUGCUGUCCCAGGCCCUGUGCGCGCUCAGCCUGCUGCUGUCCCACAGCUCCCCCGUCGAGCUGUCUCUGCGCUGGGCCGGCCUGCUGGAGCUGUACCGGCCCCCGGAGGCCCCCGAGGUCCUCAGGCUGGCCUGUGGCCAGGCCCUGCGGCUGGCCGGGGCCCCCAUGGUCAGCGGGUCCCUGAAGGGCCACUCUCCUUGCGUAACACUGGGCCCCAGGUCAGUGCCCUUUGGAGACUCUGCUACUCAGCAGCACAUCUUAAGACCUUUAGCAUAUGCAAAACCUUUUAGCAUACGCAAAACUAGUAACGCAAACCAAAGCCCCGUGGACAGUCAGUGGUCAUGCUAUUGUGUUUUGUGUGUGCUAAAAGCUUUUAAAUCGUACACAAAGGCUUUGCCUGUGGGGGCGGGCUCUCUCUCUGUGUGCGGUGUUGGCUCAGGCCUCCGGGGGGGGCUCUCUCUGUGUCCCGCGCACAGGUUGCUGAGCACGGCGGUGUGGCUGCUGCAGGACGAGGAUCCGCGGGUGCGCGGCCAGGCCGCCCGAUUCGCCUCCGCCGUGAGCCACGCCCGCACGGGCGGGGCCGAGGGCCCCCGCUUUCAGAUGCAGGUGAACCAGGCCGUGCGCUGCGUCCUGGACCUGCUGCAGGAGGAAUUCUGGGAUAGCGCCCACACCCUGGAGGCCCUGCUCACCCACUUGCCGGCGUGCGACCUGAGUGCUCUGCUGGGGGACGUCCAGCAGGCUGCGUGCGUCAGCCUGUACGAGCAGGACGAGCCCAACGUGUUCGCCGAGCCUGCCGUCAUGUGCGAGCGCCUGCUCCCCCGUCUGCUGACGCUGGCCGGGAGGGCCCCGGAGUCCCCCCGUCUCUCCGGCCUCCUGCGGCGCUGGGCGCGGGACAAUUCGGCGGACGUGCAGAGGAACAUCAGCCUCUGCAGCCGGCUCCAGGGCGAGGCGGCGGCCCCACGCUGGCUGGCGCUGGCGGUCGAGCCGCGGUUCCACCGGGGUCUCUGCGGCCUGUUCGCCAGGGCGGGCCUCCUGCUGGCGCUGCCGGGCACCUGGGAGGAGCUGCGGCCCCUCUGCUGCCCCCUCAGGCUGCGCGCGGAACUGCAGCGGGUCUACCGGCUCCUCUACCGCAACGGCGUGGUGCUGCCGGAGGCCAUUCCCGCCAACAUCGGACUGCAGCGGCCCGUGUGAAGGGCUCCUCUCCCGCGGGAGCCGCCAACCGCCACCGUGUGAAGGGGCUCCUCUCCCGCGGCACCGUGUGCACUGAUACUGAGAUGGGUGGCUCUAAUCCCGGUGUAGCCACAAUAAGAUCCGCACAGCCGUUGGGCCCUUGAGCCAAGGCCCUUAACCCUGCGUUGCUCCAGGGGAGGACUGUCUCCUGCAUUGGCUCCAGGGGAGGAGUGUCUGCCAAAUGCCAUUAAUGUAAUGUAAUGUUAAAAUAGUGUUACAUUUCACAAGUAGGCACGUGUACUGUAAGUAUUGGCACUUUCAGGUACUGCAGUGCCUGUAUUGGCCACGUGUUUUUGUAUAAAUGCGGGAAGUAAGGAAAAAAGGUCCAGGUCCUGGUGGGUGUACAGAGCAGCCAGUGAAACCGAUCGUUCUUUUCAUGUACUGUAUAUUCCACAAAUGGUAAAUUAUACCAAAGUAUGUCAUAAUAAGCUGGGCAUGUUGGUUAUUUUUUUUAGUGUUUAUCCUAAUGUAUUUUCACCAGGGUUGAUGUGCUAAAGAGAAAAUCACUGUGUGAUUUGAGCCCCAGCACCUCUGACAAACGAUACUUGUGCUUAUGCAACACUGUUCUAAGGCAACGGGACUUCCUGCUCUCGGGAGUCGCGAACUAUCAAUUUGUGUAACUGACACCAAGAACCAUGUAAUCAAUAUUGCUCAUACAGAAUCAGCUUCUCGGAAACAUGCAUGUAUGCAGUGAUGUUUUUAAAAAGGCUAAAAGGUACGUACAGCCAUCAUCUGAUGACCCUGAAUAUUUGAAGGGCUGGAACAGGUUGCUGAUUCAGUAUCGGUGAAGUGCCUUUUGAGUGGCGAGUUAUGCAACAUAGGUUUAAUUUCUGUGUGGUGAAUGCAAACGAUAACCAGCCAGCCAAGUGAGGCGUAGCCUUUACAUCAGCUGGCAGGAAUCAGAUUUCGGUUAACUAUUGAGCAUCGUUCUCCUCUGCCAACACUGCCACAAGGAAGGACUAUUGUGCCAAAUCUGUGCUACUUCAGAGUGAAGGUUUCAUGACAUUUCUGAUGGUGACAUUUUUGAAAAAUCUUCAUUUUGCAUGUUUAGUUUAUAUUCAUUUUAUAUGCUUUUAUAUGAAUGAAAUAUGUGUCCAGUCAAUAAAAUAAGCAACUUUUGUAAAA